AUGAUAGGAAAUAUUACACAACCAAAUUCUAGUCCAUUAUCAUUAAGGAAUCCUAAUAUUUACAUAAUGGAUAUUAGAAAUUAUACAUGGGUUGAUUCAUUCGAUCCGACAAUCAUGGGAACAAAAACCAAUUCUUCAGCAAUACAACCAUCUUCUUUAAUCAACAAUCUUAAUAAGGAAUUAGUUACAAUGAAGAUCGUAAUCGGGUCGUUUGGAGCAAUUUUAUGCGUCGUUAUAAUCAUUGUUUGUGGAUUUUUAAUUUAUAGAUGGAAUGCAAAAAAGAAAGAACAAUCACCUACUAAUAUUCCUACUGCUCCUGUCACAAGCAUUGAACACAAUGAUCAAGAUGAUAAAGAACAAUAUUUAUCCGAAGUAAUGAUAUGA